AUGAAGAAUGCGUUCCGAUUUUGUUCUUGCUCUUCUUAUACAGUUUUUCAGUAUGGAAGAUUGACAGCAUUUAAUGGUCUUCAUCCUGCCUCAUGCUUGAUACUGCAUCGUGCUGCAUCAUACUUCAUCGUGCUGCAUCAUACUUCAUCGGCUGCAUCAUACUUCAUCGUGCUGCAUCAUACUCCAUCGUACUGCAUCAUACUUCAUCGUUCUGCAUCAUACUCCAUCGUGCUGCAUCACACUUCAUCGUGCUGCAUCACACUUCAUCGUGCUGCAUCAUACUUCAUCGUGCUGCAUCAUACUUCAUCGUGCUGCAUCAUACUUCAUCGUGCUGCAUCAUACUUCAUCGUGCUGCAUCAUACUUCAUCGUGCUGCAUCAUACUUCAUCGUGCUGCAUCAUACUUCAUCGUGCUUCAUCGUGCUACAUCGUACUUCGUCGUACUGCAUCAUACUUCAUCGUGCUACAUCAUACUUCAUCGUGCUGCAUCAUACUUCAUCGUGCUGCAUCAUACUUCAUCGUGCUUCAUCAUACUUCAUCGUGCAGCAUCAUACUUCAUCGUGCUGCAUCAUACUUCAUCGUGCUCCAUGGAAACCCAAGUCUGCACAAGGGAUGGAAGACAGUUCAAAGAUGCGAAGUAA